AGUUGGUUUUUUUUUUUUUUUAAAAAGUUACUGUCAGUGAUCUGAUACAAGUAUAAAUACUCACUUGAAGAUGCAUGGACUUGUCAUUUGGUUGGACUAUUGGUUAUUUCUGAAAGUUUCUUCAACUACAGUUUCUAGUUUGAAAAUUCAAGUAUCAAAGGAUAUUGAGUUUAGAAUGGUAUAAUGAUGUAUUUUGUCUGAGGACUGCAAUUUUCAUAAAGACCACAGUUGGUUCCAGUUAUAUUUCUCAAAGAGAUUCAUGCCGUUCUGUUCUCUGAAAAACCUAAUGUUGAAGAGUCUUAUAUUUAUGAACACCAAAAGAUGGGAGAAAAGAAUGAUGAUGCAAAAACUUUCUGGAUGGAGCUAGAAGAUGAUGGAAAAGUAGACUUCAUAUUUGAAAAAGUACAAAGUGUGCUACAGACACUGAAACAAAAGAUUAAAGAUGGGUCUGCAACAAAUAAAGAAUAUAUUCAAGCAAUGAUUCUAGUGAAUGAAGCAACUAUAAGUAACAGUUCAGCUUUGAUAAAGGAUCAUAUACCUGUGACUCAGAAUGAACAGGAAAAGCAGUCAAAUACAUUUCCUUCUACAUCAUAUGAAAACUUUCCAAAAGACUGUGCACGUCUAUCUACAGAAAAUGAGGAAAUUCUUUCUCUGAAAAAUGAAGUUGUAGAGUUUAGAGGAAAAGAAUCAUCUUUGAACUUAUCUUACCAAAGUCAUGCUUGCUCUGGUGCCUGUCUCAUAAAAAUGCCACCAACCUCCAAGGGAGAAAACCCUCUGCAGCUGCCGAUGAAAUGCCACUUCCAGAGACGACAUGCAAAGACGAACUCUCACUCUUCAGCACUCCACGUGAGUUACAAAGCCCCUUGUGGAAGGAGUCUGCGAAACGUGGAGGAAGUUUUUCGUUACCUCCUUGAGACAGAGUGUAACUUUCUAUUUACAGAUAACUUUUCUUUCAAUACCUAUGUUCAGUUGACUCGGAACUACGCAAAGCAAGAAGAAAUUGUUUCUGAUGUGGACAUUAGCAAUGGAGUGGAAUCUGUGCCCAUUCCUUUCUCUAAUGAAAUUGAUAGUAGAAAGCUUCCACAGUUUAAGUACAGAAAGACCAUGUGGCCACGCGCAUACCAUCUAAAUGGCUUCUCCAACAUGUUUACUGAUUCAUGUGACUGUUCUGAGGGCUGCAUAGACGUAGCAAAAUGUGCGUGUCUUCAACUGACAGCAAGGAAUGCCAAAACUUCUCCCUUGUCAGGUAAUAAAGUACCCACUGGAUAUAAAUACAAAAGACUACAGAGACAAGUACCUACUGGUAUUUAUGAAUGCAGUAUGUUGUGCAAAUGUAAUCGACAAUUGUGUCAAAACCGAGUUGUCCAACAUGGUCCUCAAGUGAGGCUACAGGUGUUCAAAACUGAGAAAAAGGGCUGGGGGGUACGCUGCCUGGAUGACAUUGACAGAGGAACAUUUGUUUGUAUCUAUUCAGGAAGAUUACUAAGCAGAGCUAACACUGAGAAAUCUAGCGUUAUUGAUGGAAAUGGGAAAGAAAGGAAUACUAUGAAAAAUACAUUUUCAAAAAAGAGGAAAAUAGAAGUUGCAUGUUCAGAUUCUGAGGUUGAAAUUAUCCCAUUAGAACUGGAAACACAUCCUAGAAAUGCUAGAACUGAGGAGUGUCCACCAGAGUUCAGUAGCAGUUCCAAAGAGCUUGUUAUGGAAAUGAAGUUUAAUAAUAUUUCAAGAAAUCAGUAUCAUUCAGUUAUUACAAGUCCUAAAUCCAAGACAGAAACUUUUCAACGCAGUGGAAAACAGAUGGAAUUUGUUUCCUUGGAGUCUGUCACCUCAGAAGAUAAUGAUGAAUUUGAACCAGCCCCGGAAUGUCUGAGCUCUAAAGCCAAGGGAGUGCAAAAGGACUCAAGUUCAAACCAAGUUGAAGAUUCUGAAGACAAUGUGCUGUUUCAAUCAAAUGUGAAAAAUAUAACUAGAUGUAGAGAAGAAACUCCACCCCGGGGCAGAUGUAACCUUGCAACCAUGUUGGAUUAUAAAAAUAUGAAAAAGGAAUUUGAAGUGCAAAUACAAAAGCCCCAAGAGGAACAAUCUUCAGCAUGUCAAAAACAGCAGAUCUUUGGUGAUGAAGAGAUGCCAAAUGAAACCAAAAAUACUUCAUCUGAUUCUCUAAGGAAGUUCAAUAAAGGGAAUGUGUUUUUAUUGGAUGCCACAAAAGAAGGAAAUGUGGGCCGCUUCCUUAAUCAUAGUUGUUGCCCAAAUCUCUUAGUACAGAAUGUUUUCGUAGAAACACACAACAGGAAUUUUCCAUUGGUGGCAUUCUUCACCAACAGGUACGUGAAAGCAAGAACAGAACUAACAUGGGAUUAUGGUUAUGAAGCCGGGACUGUGCCUGAGAAGGAAAUCCCCUGCCAAUGUGGGGUUAAUAAGUGUAGAAAAAAAAUAUUAUAAAUAUGCAGCUAAUACUUUUUGAUGAAGUUACUUUUUAGGCUGAGGUUAGAACACCAGAAAAGAAUCCUCAGUCGCUAGUGGAAGUAAUUUAGGUUUAGGUCCAUCAAGGUAAUUCUUCUCAGCUUUCCCUUGCUAGGGAUUCCUAUUUUGUUACUAAUUUUAUAUGUGUGACUUAGAAAUGCCAGGAACAAAAAGGGACAUUUUCAUAUGCAUAGAUAGGGUAUCUCUUGUUCUUAACCCUGUUUUAACUUUACAUGAAUAGGAAGAAAGUAUAUAUUUUAUGUGAACACCACUGUACAAUAAUUUAUUUAUAAAUUAUAUAUUAGGGGAUAACCAAGUUCACACCAGAACUCAGCUGUUUCUAAUUGUUUUUGUGAUGGUUAUUUUUCAGUUCAUGCCCCAAAGAGCCAUAUUUCACAUCUUUACCUACACAAUUGAUGCUUAAUUCCUGACAAAUCAUUUACCAUUAUGAGAUACAAGGUGGGCAGCACAGCAUGAGGAAUAAUAAGAACUUAUUUUGUGCAUACACUCCCAAAUAUUUUAACAUUUGUUGAAGAAGCUGUUAUCUGGCUCCAUGAA